AGUUAGAAAGAGAGGGUAUAAAGGCGGCAUAAGAAAGUUUAUUUUCAUAUGCGGUAAAUCGGUGGUGUGGUCGUAGCUCCAGCGCAUGUUUAGUCGGUAAAAGCACAUGAAGCCAUGCCAGACUUGUGUUGGCUAUUAAGCACUUUGGUCGAUAAAAAUACGAACAUCUUAAUACCGGGCAUUGAAAGAGAUAUCGCCCCUUUGUUACACAAUGAAAAUGACAUGUAUAAAAAAAUUGAUUACGAAGUUGAAGAUUACAAGAAGGAUUUAGGUGUCGAAAAGUUACCGCACAAUGAAGACAAAACCAAAUUGUUAAUGCACAAGUGGCGUUAUCCCAGUUUAUCUAUUCACGGCAUUGAAGGAGCCUUCUACGAGCCGGGUGCAAAAACAGUAAUACCUGCCAAAGUUAUCGGAAAUUUUUCUAUGCGCUUAGUGCCAAAUCAGGACCCCGACCAUGUAACUGAAUGUGUUAUAAAAUACUUGAACAAAAAAUAGGCUGAGUGCGGUUCGCCCAAUAAAAUGACGGUGAAUUUAGUUAGUGCUGGAAAACCUUGGACUGAGAAUCCAAAUCAUCCGCAUUAUGAAGCCGCUAAAAAGGCUAUAAAGCACGUUUUUAAAGUGGAACCGGAUAUGACUC